CUGAGAGCACUUCCUGGUCAGCGGGCCGAGGCGUAGUGCAGCAUGGCGGGGGGAGAUGCGGUGUCAGGCCCGGGGACGGGAGCGGCGGGGCAGGAUGUGGAGCCGGCGGCCCCGGAGCGCGUCCUCUUCCCACCGACCUUCAGCGUGUCCGAGAUCAAGAACAAGCAGCGGCGGCACUUCAUGUUCCUUCGCUGGAAGCAGCAGCAGAGGAAGGAGAAGCUGGCUCUAAAGAAGAAGCGGAGGAAGGAACGAGAAGCCCUCGGGGAUAAGGCACCUCCAAAAGCCGUUCCAAAGACUAUUGAAAAUCAGAGAAUCUAUGAUGAAACAACUGUAGAUCCUAAUGAUGAAGAGGUUGCUUUCGAUAUAGCAAACGAUGAAUUUGCACCAUAUUUCAACAGACAAACAGUUCCAAAGAUUCUUAUUACAACAUCAGACAGACCUCGUGGGAGAACAGUGAGAUUCUGUGAACAGUUGUCUACCGUUAUCCCUAACUCACAUGUCUACUAUCGCAGAGGAUUGGCUUUGAAAAGAAUUAUUCCACAGUGUAUUGCAAGAGACUUCACAGAUCUAAUCGUCAUUAACGAAGAUCGCAAAAUACCAAAUGGGCUUGUUUUAAGUCAUCUUCCUGAUGGUCCAACUGCUCAUUUUAGAAUGAGCAGCGUUCGUCUGCGUAAAGAAAUAAAGAGAAAGGGGAAAGAACCCACAGAACAUGUACCUGAAGUAAUCCUGAAUAAUUUUACAACGCGGCUGGGCCAUUCUAUUGGUCGCAUGUUUGCUUCUCUCUUCCCACAUGAUCCUCAGUUCAUUGGAAGACAAGUAGCUACGUUUCACAACCAGCGAGACUACAUCUUUUUCAGAUUCCACAGGUAUAUAUUCAAGAGUGAAAAGAAAGUGGGAAUUCAAGAACUUGGGCCACGUUUUACACUAAAGUUGAGAUCUCUUCAGAAGGGAACCUUUGAUUCCAAAUUUGGAGAAUAUGAAUGGAUUCAUAAGCGUCGAGAAAUGGACACAAGUAGAAGAAAAUUUCACUUAUAAUGGACAGUUACUUGCCAAUUGCUCACGACCAGAAAUAUGACAAUAUCUUUGAACUAUGGAUCAUCUCAAAUUCAGCUUGUGAUAACAACACUGAACAGUAUCUGGCUGCAGAAAGACAAAGCAUGAACUGUUCUUCAAUGGUUGUAGCUAAAUUCAAUGUGAUGAAGUGCAACCCUUACCAGUUUAGCAGGGAGACCUAUGGUAAUGUUAGAGAAGGCUGUGAUUCAGUUAUCAGUGAAGCUUUGUUAUGACUGCUGCUGUACUGUAAAUAACUUAUGGUUUACUGAAGACAGCGUUAAAAAUAUUUUCAAAAUAAAGUAUUUUCACAUAUACAGCUUAUUUUCUUCCCCGUUAAGCAGCUAAAUGGAGUCAUUCUGCAUUCUAAUCGGGUAAGAGAGAAAUAUUUUAAACCUCUAACAGUGUUAGUUUUAAAAAAAAACAACAACACACCAGUCUCCUGCACAGAGAAUGUUGAGAAAGCUCUAUACAGACUGGUAUAUAUUUAGAAGAAAUAUUUACACAGAACAGUUAACUCAUAAGGCCAGCUUCCAAGAAGUAAAUGAAGCUCAGUAGAACAGGUGAGAUCUCUGAACAGGAUUUUCUCCAUUAGAAUCUUUAUGCUUUUUUCAGUUGUGAUAAUGAUAAUUGAGUUGGUACUACCUGUGGAAUGAACUUGUUUUGGCUUAAAUUUGUGCAUUUGAUGGCUGCUAUAAAGCUCAGUUUUCUUUUG